CUCGCACCGCCAGUCUCCAAGGUCACGAGAUAAAGGCUAGUCGGGGCCCGGCCUCUCGCGCCUGUUCACGGCGCACUUUAUCUCCCCAGUCGGCCUUUGCCCUCCGGACGCGGAGGAGUGCGUGAGUCGGUGCACGACGCGGAGGGGAUCGCACGGCAGCAGAUGGAGAGUGGAAUGGACUAUCUUCGCCCUCUGGGCAACUCGGAAAGCUUCAUAGACGCCUGUCACUCUCAAGGGAAUCUGAACCACGCGUUCGCGUUCGGCCUCGUGGCCCCCACCCCGCUGGAAGCGGGCCGUGUCGACGAGGUCGUCCGAAGCCUCCAGGCGUCACACGUCCUGUUGAACACCCGGAUAGCCAGAAGGGCCACGGGGAAAUGGUUCGCCAGGUCCUACGUACGGGUGGAAGUGAAGCACGAAAAAAUCAAGACUGAUUCUCGGUCUGAAGACCGGAGGAAGAUCGUCUCGACGGCCCUCCACGAGAAGUUUCCCGUGGAAACGGGUCCUCUCUGGCGGGUCGUGUUUCUGGACGUCGGGAAGGACGAGGAAGGGCACAGGUAUCUCCUGAUCGUGUCCUUUCACGCGGCCAUUGCCGACACCGAGACGGGGAUACGAUUCGGAUUCCACGUGAUCGAUCGGCUGGGGUCUCCGCCGGAGCCUUCGCCCCGACCCACCGUGGUGGAGAUGCCCCGCUCCGUGGAGGAGCAUCUGGGACGCGAGAACACGGAAGUCACGUGGAGGGACGGGAUGCGAGCCGCGCGCCUCGUCCUCGGAUACCUCUGGGGACACUCGAACCCGUACCUGCGAAAGUUCCCCCAGCCGGCCGAGUUGACCCACGAGACGCGGUACAUCGAGGACGGCCUCUCCCGCGAGGACACGACGCGACUGCUCAAGGCCUGCGAAGACGGGAGGGUGGGGUUGCAUCCUUUGGUCGCGGUCGCGGGGGCCAUGGCCCUCAACGCCAUCGUCCACGACGGCGACGCGCCGCCCAAGGCCGUCUCGUUCGUCACGACCCACGAGGUGAACCUCAGGGAGUACUUCCGCGACCUCGAAGAUCCGAUCUACGGCUCGCAGAUCACCUACUGCCACCUCCCCCUCUGGAUCCCCCCCUCCAACGGAAAGAUCUGGGAUAACGCCAAACGCUUCUCCCUCCAGUUCCGGAAUUUCCUCGCCGCCAAAAAGCCCCUGCAAGACAUGCGGAUCUACUCCCGCCUCAUGGGAGACCCCGAAACCACCUUCGCGAGUCUCGCCGGCGACGUCAAAUCCAUCAACGAAUUCGGAACGUCGGUGGUGCAGAUCCCGCGGAGAACCGCGCCCGCCAACCUCCGUUGCACCGAGGUCCUCCGCUGGGUCUCCGCCGCCAACAUGGGCACGCCCUUCACCCACAGAGCCACCGUCUUCGACGACCGGCUCUUCUACUGCCUCAAUUACUACACGACCUUCGUGACCCCGAUCCAGGCGAACGCCUACGCCGCGAAGACGAUGGAGUACUUGCGGCUGGCCCUCGCGGAAAUUUCCGCUUGAAAUUCGACCUUGUGCUCGGCGAUGCAGUGAUGCCGAUCAUAUUCAGUGUUUCGGAGAUUGUGUUAGCAUAUAAUGGGAACUCGCGGUACUCCUGAUUUUGUGGUUUUGUCUGUACUUUUGGGUGCUUUGGAAUUUUCUUUGAAAAGGUUUUAUUCAGUUCGUCUUCCAACUAAAAUUUGUGUAAUCUGGAACUGCUCUUCGCUUUUUCUCCCGAGACUAAUGACGUCACUGCAGAAGGACCUGGGAGGAAUAUCGAGGCGCGUGUCCACAAUGCGAAGUGGAUUCCAUUGGAGAUGUUAUCGACGAAAGCCUGAGAAACCGGAAAGAAUUCCAAUGAAAGGCCGGCGGGAAUGAGAUCGAGGAAUCUCUUGCGAACAAAAUUCCAUUUCCUGUUAAUAAACGAAAUUCCUCGUGUAAAAGAAAGAAUAAAAGGCUAAUAAAUUUAAUUCAGAUGUCGACUUAGUAGAGUGUCGACAUGGUAAAGUGGC